GACCCCCUCCCCAGCCAGGGGGUCCGGGGGCGCGUCACGCUCUGGGACGAUUCCGUGCGCCCCUCCAAGCCAAUGGCGGUGGCCCGCGGCGCGCGGGGUUCUGGGAGUUGCAGUCGGCGCGGCGGCGGUAGGGCUCGCUCGUCAGCCGAGGCGCCGCCAUGACGGAGCGGCCCUGGCCGGAGCGGAGCCCGCGCGCGCCAGCAGCCCCGAACCUAACAGUGUCAGCGGCAGAUGUCAGUGCCCACCCCAGACUUCGUCCCAGGACCCUGGAGGGUGCUGAGGGGCUGCAGUUCUCCACCCUGGAAUCUGCCCGGGGCGCACUUCCCUGCUCACCGGCGAGAAGGGCCCCCGACUGCUGACUGCGUCCGCCUGCUACCACCUGGGUUUGUCUGGAGCUGCUGGGACUGUCCUGGGAUCCAGUUCGCUUGCUCCAAGGUUGGAGAGAUGCUCCCAAUGGCCAGAGCCCUCGCCAAUCCCCAGGCUCCAGCCCUGAGGGAGCAGGACUGGGCCCCUCGGCCGCCCAGCCCUGGGGAUACUGAGGCCUGGCGCCUGCGUUUCCGACGGUUCCAGUACCGCGUGGCAGGGGGGCCACACCGCGCACUGGGCCAGCUCUGGAUGCUGUGCCGCCAGUGGCUGCGGCCGGAGUCACAAUCCAAGGAGCAGAUGCUGGAGCUGCUGGUGCUGGAGCAGUUUCUGGGUGCGCUGCCCAGCAAGAUGAGGACCUGGGUGCAGUCGCAGGGCCCCCGCAACUGCAGGGAGGCCGCUAGCCUGGUGGAGGACCUCACACAGAUGUCACAGCAGGAAGUUCUGGUAUGUCUCACCGACCACCAGGAAGGGAGCAUCAACGAGGAGGAAGAUGUGAAGACCCUGAGGUGCCAGAGAGAGCCAUGCCAGGCAUUGGAGCUGGGGCUCCCCCAGGAGGGCGAGUGGCUGCAGCCUGCCCAGCCCCCGCGGAGCCCCCACGCCAGGGUGGGGGCCGAGGCAUCCUGCACCCUGGGCUCACUCGGGCUUCAGCCUCCCAGCAUGAAGGCAGACAGACGGAGGAGGACGCUGCAGCAUGGGGGCCCCUCAGCAGGCUGCCCAGGCCUGGGCUGCUUGUCUCUGAAGCCUGGUGUCUGGGAUGAGCCUCCCUGUGGGCAAGUCGCGGACAGAGCGCUGAAGAACAGGCACUGCCUAUCCAGGCUGGCCCAGGGCCCUCCCGAGGCAGAAGGGGGGGCCUGGCAGGCAGGGGCCGCUCCCAGGGACCCUGUGCUUCAGGGCACUGGCAGCCAAGGGCCUGCUGUCAGAGACAGAGCGCUGAAGAACAGGCGCUGUGUACCCAGGCUGGCCCAGGGCCCUCCCAAGGCAGAAGGGGGGGCCUGGCAGGCAGGGGUUGCUCCCAGGGACCCUGUGCUUCAGGGCACUGGGGGCCAAGGGCCUGCUGUAGGGGACAGAGCGCUGAAGAACAGGCGCUGCGUACCCAGGAUGUCCCAGGGCCCUCCCGAGGCAGAAGGGGGGGCCUGGCAGGCAGGGGCUGCUCCCAGGGACCCUGUGCUUCAGAGCACUGGCGGCCAAGGGCCUGCUCCAGAGGAGCCCCUGUACCCGCGCCCCCAGCCCAGCCUGGUUGCAGGCCUUACCCUCCCAAGUGCUCAGAGCAGUAAUCCUCCAAAGAGGCGUCGGGGCCGUGCUGCCAGCAGCACUCACCUGCCCUUACUCAAAGACACCAAAGCCUCCCCUCAAGAGGCAGGACAACCGGCUGUCGCCCUCUCCUCCUCGAGCUUAGCGUCGCCGCCAGUCCCCUCAGAGACGUGGCCCUUCCUGUGUACCGAAUGCGGGGAGGUCUUCACCUGGGUCACCCAUUUCAUGGAGCACCAAAAGCGCCACCUGGAAGAGGGGCCCUUCUCGUGCCCCGAGUGCGGCAAAACCUUCCUGCACGCCUCUGUCCUGGGGGAGCACCGGAAGAUCCACCUGCUGGAGCCGCGGCGCAAGAGGCCUCGCCCAGGCGCGGCGGACGAGCCGGCGGAGGCCGAUCCUCGGGGAGCGGCGGGCCAGGCCCAGGACUCGGAAGGAGGUCAGCGCGGGGAGCCCUCCCGCCUUGGGGAGCUCUCCGGGCUCGGGGAGCUCCCCGGGCUCGGGGAGCCCUCCGGCCUUGGGGAGCCCUCCGGCCUCGAAGAGCUCCCGGGUCUUGGGGAGCCCUCCGGCCUCGGGGAGCUCCCCGAUCUCGGAGAGCCCUCGGGCCGCUGCGAGACCUUAGGCCUCUGGGAGCCCUUGGGCUACCUCGAGGCCUUUGGCCAAGAAGGGCCCUUCGAGUGCGGCGUCUGCGGGAAGGCCUUCCCCUGGAUGGUCCACCUCCUCGACCACCAGAAGCUGCACGCCGAUGAGUGAGCGGACGCGCGUCCCGGGUGACGGCGACCCCCGGCGGGCUCGUCCCGAGGGGCGACCCGGGACCCGCCGUCCCUGCCGCCGCGUCCCCCGCCCCCUCCCGGCUACAGCGAUCCUCGGUGGACUCAUCCUGCGGGCCGACCCGGGACCCGCUUCCCUGCCCUGCCGCCGCGUCCCCCGGAUGACAGAGACGCUCGCGGACUCGUCCUGCGGGCCGACCCGGGACCCACCGCGUCUCUGGAUGUCGCCGCGCCUGCCUCUUACCCCCAAUGACAGCGACCUUCAGCGGACUCGUCCUGCGAGGCGACCCGGGACCCGCUACCCCCGCCGCCCCGUUCUCCAGUUGUCAGCGACCUUCGGCGGACUCGUCCUGCGGGAAGGCCUAGACCCGCCGCGCCUGCCGCUUACCCCGACUGACAGCAACCGCCGAAGGGCUGGUCCUGCGGAGCAACCCGGGACCCGCCACCCCCGCCGCCGCGUUUCCCCGGGUGACAGCGACCCCUGGCGGACUCGCCCUGCAGGCGACCCGGGACCCGCCACGUCUCUGGAUGUCGCCUCGCCUGCCGCUUACC